AAAGGAUAGUAUAGUUGUUUCUUUUGGAAUAUAGUAAGUAUGAUUGACACCAUAACUUGUGUGUAAUGAAAUACUGUUACUGUUGGAUAGACAUAAGUUAAGUGGAAGUGACAUCAUUGACACCAUAACUUGUGUGUAACUAAAUACUGUUAUUGUUGGGUAAACACAAGUUAAGUGGAAGUGACAUCAUUGACACCAUAACUUGUGUGUAAUGAAAUACUGUUACAGUUGGGUAAACACAAGUUAAGUGGAAGUGACAUCAUUGACACCAUAGCUUGUGUGUAAUGAAAUACUGUUACCUUUGGGUAAACACUAGUUAUUAAGGAGAUGUGAAGUCAUUCAAAUGUGUUAGGAAACAUUUUUGUAAAACCAUCUCAUUUUUUAGCUAGUAAAUAAAAUGUAAAAAGUGUGUGGUGUUAGUAACUGUCUAUCAAAUUUAAAAUUACUUACAUCAGAAAAAGUUUAAUGUUUAUGUAAGAUGUAAAGCUCACUAGUUACUGUUUGUUGAAUGUUUAUGUAAGAUGUAAAGCUCACUAGUUACUGUUUGUUGAAUGUUUAUGUAAGAUGUAAAGCUCACUAGUUACUGUUUGUUGAAUGUUUGUGUAAGAUGUAAAGCUCACUAGUCAUUGUUUGUUGAAUGUUUAUGCAAGAUGUAAAGCUUACUAGUAAUUGUUUGUUGUUUACUUGUAGCUUCUAGACAUUGUUUGUUUUACUCCAAUAUUUUUUCAAAUUUGGUUUUUGAAAAUGUAAUCCUAAAAUGUUUCCAAGAAGAAAGUUCCUUCCAUGUAUGUAUGAAUUAUUAUAUAUUUUUGGAGAUUUUCUGUAAUAUACCCAGUUUACCAAGGUGAAAAUGAUUCAUUUUCAGAACUUUGAAAUACAAGAUGAUUGUAGUUAUUCUGAACUGUAGUUAGCUAAAUCAUUUUUUCAAUAUGUGGGUAAUAUUUAUUUUGGAUUUCUUUCCAUUUAGUUAUCCAAAAUGUUUCUUAAUGUCUGGAUAAUACUUAUUAUGGACUUCUGUCUGUUUAGUUAUCUAAAAUGUUUCUUCAAUGUGUGGAUAAUAGUUAUUAUGGACUUCUGUCCUUUUAGUCCAUGCUGAGUACAUCAUCAACUAUGAUAAAGAACCUAGCAUAAAACCCAAAAUGUCUUAAACUUAACAAAAAAAAAAGUAUGAGAAGUCUGUACAAAACCAAGUUCAGUGCCUAAUAUACUAUCUAAAUGUAUUUUGAAAGAAUUGUGAGUCUGAGAAGGCAAAUUGUCAAUUUCUGAUGAAAGUACAUUGAGAUCAUUACACAGCUUGGGAAUUUGUUUGUUGAGGCAGCAUUUAGGCUAGGAAAGAUAAUAUUUUCCUUUAUGUUUUUUUUUCAGCCAAGGACAGUUUGGUGCUUGUCUUUCUCCUUUAUUUCCACAAAAAGGCCAUGCAGUUGUAUAUGCCUCAAGGCCUGGAUUAAGGUUAUGGAAGGCUAACCUGGAAGGCAUGGUUAUUGAAACUAUUAUCCUGAAAGAUACUAUCCUCAAACCCUUUCCUCAAAUGCAGUUGUUGGGUGUGUGGAAAGAUCUGCCACAAGAGAAAUUAACUGAGUCUCAGUUUGGCCCUAUUGUGGUGUAUAACCAAAGGUUUCUUCUGACAUGGAAUAACAAUGCUUUGUAUGUGAUAGAUGCCAUCACCAAGAGUAUUGUUGCUGGAAAACAAUCUUUUGUCUCGAUAAAGGAUGUUGCAACACACAAUGAUGAAAUCUUUAUUCUUCAGGGAACAAGACAUCUUAUGAGGAUUGCAACAAAACCUGAACAGUCUCUCUGUGUAGCCGAGUCCUACCACCCCACGUUAUUACAGGGGUUUGUGACACCUUUAAAAGAAAUCAGUACUCUAGUGAAGGGAAAAUACAUAGACACUUUAGAAAGUGCUAAGAUUAGUCCCCAGCUAACUAAAAGUAAAAGCCCAAGUAUGUCUUCUUUGGAUACAAGAGAUAAUAAGCGUGGCCAUGGAAGCCAAGAUCAUACUAAUGUUUUCUCAUCUGUGCUUGGAAACCUCCAGAAAACACUGUUGAAACCACAGGCAAAGAAAAGUGAUGAUGGUUUUAACAACUGUUUAAAUGUAUUGGAAGUUUACGAGACUACUGUAACAGGAGAGGAAGAGGCACAGACCAGAAGUGUUGUUGAAACAGCAUUAGAAGUCACAGAAAAUGAAGCUGACUCCGAUUCAUCUGCUGUACAACUGAAUGAAGAAAAAGUGAAAACGAUCAGUCCAGAUAUAACUGUGGAAAAAGAAAAUAAGACAAAAGAUGUUCAAGAACCUCAUGUUGAAAUAAGGUCAUCCAUUGUUGUGCCAACCAUUAUUGUAAAAGGAGAAGGCCAUAGGAAGGUUGAAGAGUUUUCAAAAAUUGGGGAAGAGGAUUUUGAAGAAGUUGUUUAUUGUCAUAAAGUGAAAAAGAAACACAAAAAGAAGAAAAGAGGUCGGGGCAGUGAUGUUGUUUCUCCUUUGUUCAAAGCUGUCACUUUGGGAGUAGAUGCAUAUUGUUCACCAAUGAGCAGGUCUUUGUGUGGGAGUGUACAAGAUUCAUCAGGAUACAGCGACAGUGAAAGAAGUACAUGUUCUUUAUCAGAGCUAGAAACCCCAGAUAAGUUUAAUUACUCUGCAGACCAGGUUGACAAGAAAAGUGUGGUACCUGGAACUGAUGGUGAGAAGAGUGAGGUACCUGAAAUGGAUGAUAAGAAAAGUGUGGUACCUGGAACUGAUGGUAAGAAAAGUGAGGUACCUGAAACUGAUCAACAUCAGGAUCAAAGUAAAUGCUGUCUAGAUUUAGGAAAACAGGAUAACAGUUUAACUACCCACGCUUCUGAAGAAAGAAAUAAAGAAAGUAAAAAUUGGUUACCACAGAAAGCAAGAGAGCAAUUAACUUUAGAUGAUAAUAAGCAGAAAGAAAACUCACAAGAAAUAAUCAACAAAGCUCAAGGAGAAGAAUCUGGAAAACGAGUUAAAAAAUUUAGUGAUUCACUUUGUUUGGAAAGGGACAAUGAAGCUGAUGAAAUGACUUCUGAAAAACAGGAAGAUAUUUCUCUUGCACACUCGGCAUCUUUUGAUUCUAUUUAUGCUUGCCACACCAGGCGUCCGGUUGGUCGACAAGAUAGUGAGUUAAGCUCAAGUUCUUGUUUGACCGAUGUCUUUGAUUCAUAUUUGAAAAAUGAGAAAGACACUUACUUUCAGUUGAAUAAAUCUUGUCAAAAAGCCUCUGCUGAAUCUAGUCAAAGUAUAGAAAAAUACAGUGCUGGUAUUUUUGACAAGACAUCAAAGCUUAAAACAAGUGCUGAUAUGUCUGAGAACAGGUGUAUUUAUGACACCAACUGGCUUCAGUUCAAAUUGCCAGGCCCAGUUGUGAGUCUCAGCUUGUGUGACUCUUUCCUCUGUUGUGUAGACAACAAAGAGAAUGUAUACUACACAAGAUUUUCUGGCCUCAGCUAUGAAUGGGUUCAAGCUGAUCGCCCAGCUCAUCAAGUUGCUGUUUCUCCCACUGGAAGCAUACUGUGGGUGUUAUACAAAGGAAAGGUUUAUGCAGCUAAGACAUGGAUAAGAAAGGUUCUUUCUGGAGCAGAGUGGUUGGAAGUAGCUGAAGAUGUAUCAUUUAUUUCUGUUGGUGAAAACUGUGCAUGGUACAUAAAAAAUAAUUGUGAAGUAAGAACACAACAAUAUCUGUCCAUAUCUCGCCCCUGUUACAAGUCCAUGCAGAUAGAAUGUAGAUUCGUUCUCCGUCAAGUGGCUUGCAGGAAAGGUGUUGUGUGGGGACUUACCUCGGGUGGAGAGCUGGUAUACAGAGCUGGGAUUUCUGAGAAGAAUCCGGCAGGUACUGAAUGGAAAAAAGUCAGGUCUGAAUCAACUUUUACAGUAAGUAGCAUGACUCUAGGCAAUAAUCACACAGCAUGGGUAGUGGAUGACCGAGGAACAAUCUGGUUUCGUGAUGGAGUUACAAGUGCCUUACCUAAUGGUUUGGAUGAUAAGUGGUGGGAGGUGGAAAUGAGCGAUUACUUGUUCCAGGAUAUUUCUAAGUCUCUGAAAAUUAAGAACCUGGCAGUUGUGCUUACUCCCGAGAAACUGUCCAAUCUGUUUCUGGGUCACCAACGAGCUUGCAUCACUUGCUCAUCAAAGGGGGUGUACUACUGUGCCCCCCUUGGAACAACACUGUAUUUUUCUGGAAAGAAAGCUGUUGGACAUCGCUGGGAAAAAGUAACCAUGGUCAAGAAGCAUGAAUCAUUAAAAUGGAUCAUAGGAUCUGCAAGUGGGGUAUAUAAAAAUCAAGGCAUGAUAUGGCUUGUUCUCAAAACAGGGGAGUUAUUUUGUGUUUCACCCCAUCACGAUCACCUAGUUCCUGUAAUUCUUCCUGUUAACGAACAGAUCAGAUGUCUCUGUCCUGCCCCCGAAGCCUUGUGGAUCUUGACUCAAAGUAGAAGGAUUUUCAUUCGUCGAGGAAUAACUGAACAUUGUCUGAUAGGUUCUGGAUGGGUUGAGCUAGAUAUUGGACAACUAGGUGAAAUUCGAUUGACGUACAUCAGCUGCUCCCAUCAGUCAGUCUGGGCAUGUGAUGAUAAUGGGUUUGUGAUGAUGAGACUGGGUACUUUAAAACCACCAUCUGUGCACAACCUUCCUCAAGCAUGGAUAGUCAUUGAUACUCAAACUACUGUCAUACCAGGGUCCUUGAGUAAGGAAAACCCAAAGACAAAGUCUCUGUUUGAUCUACUUGGUUCCUACACCAUAUCCAGCACGUGUUUUACAAAGGUCUACACUGGGCCCAAGUUUUUUAUGGUGUGGGCUAUUGACAACAAAAACAAUGUGUUUGUUAGGGAAGGUGUUUUCUCUGACCUUCCUGUGGGAACAGAUUGGGUUAACGUGCCAGGGAUACAGGCCAAACAGUUGGCUCUGAGUGAAGAAACAGUCUGGGCUCUGACAGUGGAAGGAGAUGUAUAUAGACGGUUUGGAAUUUCUGAAACUAAUUUCAUUGGUGAUUACUGGAAGAAAAUUCCUGGACAUUUAGAACUGUUAUCAGUGACGGUGGAUGAUAAUCUGUGGGGGCUGAAGGAUGAUGGUGCACUAUACUCACAUCUUUCAUAUAGUAUUUCAUUUGAAGACAAUAAAACAAGAGCCAAUACUAAGGAAUUUGAAGAGGAAGACUGGGAAAUUCUAUAAUAUUGUGGUGAUGAUAUUACUUAGUAAAAUAUUUAAGUAAGAAGUGAUUUGUCUAUUUGAAUUUAUUUUAUAUUUUUAGUUACCACAGAACUUUGUGUGAGAGAGUUUUUCAAAACAAAACAUAUUUCUCUACUAAAUAACAAAAUAUGUAUAUAUUUUCAGGGAUAAUAAGCAUUAAUAAUGAGAGAUCAGGAAAUGUGAUUUUUUAAGACAUUCCAAACACAACUUUCAUGUACGUAUUCUUAUAUCAAAACAUUUAAAAAACAGCUUGGAUUUUACACUUUUAAAAUGAAAUAGAAGUAAAUUAAAAAUACAUUUGGAAAAAUAUCUUUAAUUUAUUAUCUCUACUGUUAUAACAAAAUAGAUAUCAUUUAUUUUCUAUAUUUCUGUGUAUUUUACAUUAUUAGGGCAGUAUCUGUUAGUGUUCCUUAUCAGUUUAGGAAUUGAUUGCUAACUCGACACUAACUGUUUCUUCAUGUUGAAGUAGCAAGUGAAACAUCUGAUAUAUUUUCACUGCACAUUUUUAGAAAGUGAAAUGAUACUCAAACAUAUCGGUGGUUUAGUUUUUGAGAAAUAUUUUAAUAGUUUAGUUGUAUUUAUCAUUUUACCACUUUUGGUUUUGGAGAAAUGUGUAGAAGUUUAUUUUGUUUCUAUGAUUAUUUAUUUAUGAUUAAUGUUUCUGGAAAACCCAAGGACACAGAAGUAUACAAGUAAUUUACUACAUUUCUUCACUUACUGAAAACCGUGUUUAAAUUAUGUUCAGUACUGAAAUUGUGUAAAAAACAUCAUAGGAUAGAAUUGUUUUUGAAGUUGAAUAAUGUGAAUGUUUUAUUGAUACCAGUAUCUUCAUAUUUUAAUUCAAUUAGCUAUAGUUACAAAAGUUUUUAAUGAAAAUAUAUUUGGCUUACAAUUACAAUUAGGCAUGGCACAAAAGUUUGGUUAUAAAUGUAUAGAUGGUUGGAGAACCAUACAACAUACAGUCAUUGUUAUGGUUAGUAGCCUAUACGACUGUCUAUGUCUAAUUAUUAAUUAAUUACUUUUCUAUUAUUGUUUGUAAUUUCUAGAUAUUCAUAUUAAUAAAAUUUACUUGAACAAAUAUGUAACAUACACACUAUAACGGUUAUUGUACAAAGCAUAAUGAUUUUAAAAAGAUGUAAAUUUCAAAUGUGUGCGAGUAAAAAGAGAGAAAAAUCUUCACGAGAAAAUAUCAAAAUAAGCAAUGAAGAAGAUUUAAAUAAAGUGAAAGAAUGUAUACACUUAUCAAACAGGCUUCAAUUUGCUCUGAUGAAGCCGAAAUGAGAAUAUUUUAUCUGUAGUAUAACUAAUCAGAAUUCUUACACACAAGUAUAAGAAAUAGUAGGGAUAAAUUUGUGUAGGUUGAAUUAAUAAUGUAUAACUUGAAAAAUAUAGUAGAUGUAUUAGUUUGUCUCAGAUACAAGUAAAAAAAAGUAAAUUGGUAUCAGUUAGGCAGUUAUAAGUUAUUUUAUAACUAGACAGGACUAGGGGAGUAAUGGUAUAUGUUAAAACUAACAAAAUUGGUGAAACCAAAUUAUUUGUUUAUGUAACUAUGGCCAAAAAUAUACUUUUUGAAUUAAAAAAUAAAAUGAUUUGAAAUUGUAUGUUCAUAAUAAUGAAUGUAUAAAUAAUUGUAAUUUGUAAAUGUUUGCAAAUUGAAAGAGUGGAUGUUAUAUAAUACUUAGGCUUACAAACUGAUAAAAAUUGAAUCUGAAAGCAGCAUGUUAAGGAUUUGACAAAAACACUAAGUUUUAUGUUCAUUAAAAUCUAUUACAUUAAUAAUUCUUUAUUUCUCAUUUAUACAAUCAGUCAUUCAUUAUGGAAUUUUAAUAUGGAGCAUUAAACAGCGUUAAAGACAAUUGAUUCAUUACAGAAUAAUACUGUUAAAAAAUAUCAUAUAAUGAUAAAAAUGAAACAGU